UUUUCCGCUCUUUCGAGCAACGCUCCCUGUUCUCGGUGAGCUUAUAGAAGAUGAUGACCCUUUUCUCUUCGCUGGAGGAGGUUUUGCUGCUGUGUGGGGGAGUGGGUUACAUCCUGUGGCGUUUCCUGUGUUUGUAAACUAGACGGUGUUGAAAACGUUGGGCGAGUGAAGCUAAAAGUUUUAAUGCUAGAUGAGUGAGGUGGGUGUGGCUUCCCACCAGCCCGACCAUCCUGACUGACGGAUCUCUGGAUGACCUUGUCCCCACCCCUGUCCCUGCGCUCACAUACACCACAGCAAUGUCACAUCUGCCCAGCAGCUCAGUCCGCGACCAUAUGAAAUGGGCGGGGCUGCUUGGCUGCGAAGCUGUCCUUUCCAGUAUGGCCCUGAUGCAAGCCAGCUCCAUGGCUGCUCCGCCCAAAAAAAUGAUGGCUCCACUUGGCCAUGGACCACCACAGAGAGAGGGACCUGACCGUGCUCCCCAGAGCCAUAUGAUCCUCCCAUCUGGAAUGAGCUGUCCACCCCUGCUUAUCCGGAAGGAAGGUGAAUUCCAAGCUCCCCGCCUGCUGGAUGAGAAGGAGAUGAGGGCCAACGAGGACAUGCAGCAGAAAAAAAAGAACAGGAAAUCAGUGACGCCCUGUAAAGUGAGAGAACAAGAAGGAAGGGGAGGGAAGGGCACAGGUGGAGAUGAGAAUGGUCCGUCAUCCAAAGUGCAGAAAAACUUUAUUUGUGAUCACUGUUACGGAGCAUUUAGGAGUGGAUACCAUCUGAAGAGACAUAUCCUCAUUCAUACAGGGGAGAAGCCGUAUGCUUGUGCCGUAUGUGACAUGAGGUUUAUUCAGCGUUACCACCUGGAGAGACACAGCCUCAUUCACACGGGGGUGAAGCCGUACGCUUGUUCCAUGUGUGACAUGAGGUUUUUCCAGCGUUACCACCUGGAGAGACACAGACUCACUCAUACGGGGGUGAAGCCGUACGCUUGCUCCAUGUGUGACAUGAGGUUCUUCCAACGUUACCAUCUGGCAAGACACAGCCUCACUCAUACUGGGGUGAAGCCAUACGCUUGCUCCAUGUGUGACAUGAGAUUUUUCCAACGCUACCACUUGGCAAGACACAGCCUCACUCACACGGGGGUGAAGCCAUAUGCUUGCUCCAUGUGUGACAUGAGAUUUUUCCAGAGAUACCACCUGGCAAGACACACUCUCACCCAUACGGGGGUGAAGCCAUACGCUUGCUCCAUGUGUGACAUGAGGUUCUUCCAGCGUUACCAUUUGGCAAGACACAGCCUCACUCAUACUGGGGUGAAGCCGUAUGCUUGUACCAUGUGUGACAUGAGGUUUAUACAACGUUACCAACUGGAAAGACACAGUCUUACUCAUACAGGGGUGAAGCCGUACGCUUGCACCAUGUGUGACAAGAGGUUUUUUCAGCGCUACCACCUGGCGAGACACAGCCUCACUCAUAUGGGUGUGAAACCUUAUGCUUGCACCAUGUGUGACAUGAAGUUUUUUCAGCGUUACCACCUGGCGAGACACAGCCUCACUCAUACGGGGGUGAAGCCGUAUGCUUGUUCCAUGUGUGACAUGAGGUUUAUUCAGCGUAACCACCUGGAGAGACACAGCCUCACUCAUACGGGAGAGAAGCCAUUUGCUUGUGACAUGUGUGAUAUGAGGUUUAUCCAGCGCUACCACCUUGAGAGACACAAGCGUGUCCAUAGUGGGGAGAAGCCUUACCAGUGUGAACGGUGCCAGCAGAACUUUUCACGGACAGACCGGCUGUUGCGGCAUCGGCGGUUGUGUCAAGGUCGCAGUGUAGCCAAAGUAGAGAACCAGCCGUGCUGCGAACCACGCCCAUAUCCCCAAGAACCCCCACCCGCACCCCCGACCUGGAGUCCCCUGCAUCCCCCUCCAGGCCGGCUGGCGGUCUGACAUUCCACCUUUCCUACAUCCACAACACCGCCAGAGACGGGACAAGCCACAGGGUUUCUUCUUCUCAGCUCUGUGCUUAGUGGCGCCGCACUCUAGCACAGACUGAUCUUGCAGCUCCAGUCUUGGGAUUACUAAUGACAGAGGGACAUUUGUGUUUUUGUUUUGUUGACUUUUUACUGUGUUUCGUUUUUCUUGCCCAUUUUUUUAAAGACGAGACUUUUCUGUGAUGAACAGUGGUCCUGUUUUGUACUUAAUCUAUUUGGUUUUUGCAAAAUGAAAAAAAGUUUUUAUUAUUGUUGAAAUAUAUCUGCAUUCGGUGGUACUCGGGAAGGGCAGUGGGUAUUGUUUAUCCUGACGUGUUAGCAACAAAAUGGGAUGAAGUGGUGACUAAAAGUAUUUGAGCUUCUUUCUGAUUUUUCCUUAUGUGGCCCAUUUUGAAGCAAAAGGAUUGUCACUUAGGUCAAAAUUAAUGAAACUGAACUUUCCUUUAAGGUAAAGCGAGGAAAAUCCCUCUGUUGACAUCUCAUGUGGACCAGAUCUUGUUUGCCUUUGCAGCUAACAUAGUGUUAAGCAUUUAGACGUUUCACUGAAACCAGUAUCUGGUCUAAAUAUGACUCGAACAACAAGAUGUCCCUGACUUCAUCAUCACAGGAGGUACAGUUUAAAUAGUUACUUUGUGUAAAUAAUUGAAAAUGUUUAUUAUUAUUUCAUUAUGGGACUUGAGUGGUGAU